UCCUCCUCCUUCUCCUCCUCCUGCCUGUGGAUGCUGCGAGCAGGCUCCUGUGCGCGCGGGCUCCUCCUCCAGAGAUGUCGCAGGAGCAUCUCCUGUCAGCGCGCCCUUUCUUUACUUCUUUUCUUUUCCGAUACUCUUCACUGCAUUGGGCCCCGUCAUUUUAAUCGCCACCGCCACCAUCAUCAGCAGCAGCAGCAUCACAAGCGCCGCAGAACUCGGCCGACCCUCGGUCAGGUGACAGCGCGGAGUGGAAUAUUCAUCAGCACCCGUGUUUGUCUUUCAUCCCCUCUCCUCCAUCGGACUGUAAGGCUGCAGCAGCCCACUCACAGUCCUCCUCCUCCUCUUCCACCACCAACACCGCCACUACAACCCCUCCUCCUCCCGCCCUCCUGUGCAUCCUCUCUCAUCCGGGCCGGGACAUUCUCCGCUCCACGCUCACGCAAGAUUAACUGGGGAUUGUGGCUCUCCGCCCGCCCGCCCACUGAUGCUGAUGCUGAUGUCCUUGAGCUCGGCCUGCACGGUCUCUGGAGCAGCAGUCGCGACUACCUACCUCACAUCUGCACCCACUUCUUCUCUCUGAUUCAUCAUCUUACUUUGGCCUUUGGCCACACUCACCAUCUGUCCGUCAUCCCCUUUUACCCCCAACCGCACAUGCGUCAGCUGGCUCGCCCGUCCAUGGACUGGCUGUGAACCCGGAGGGAGGGAGACAGGAGAGACGGAGGCGAAGAAAGCUGGAUUCGUUCAGAUACCGCGCUUCUCGAGUGCUCCUUCGCACUGUUCUUCACCCCCUCCCACCGUCCUCCUCCUCCAGUGAUGGAGAAGUGAAGGAGCAGUGGAAGGCCAGGCUGAGACCCUGAGGAGAAAAAGAGCACAAUCGGCGCCCCCUUCUUCAACAAAAGGCCAUUGAAGCGAAAGAGAAUCAUUCUACGGUUUUGAAUCAGAAAUCAAGAGGGAGGGCAACGGGCUUUUGAACACAUGAACAAGCUGUCAGCGAGCACACAAGCCGGUCACUGAGCUGAGGACAUCUAAGGAAGGAGGUGGGGAAGGACGAACACAACACAAACCAACCUCGUGUCAUGUCAACAACAGCGACAAUGGGCGAAAUGGCUAACAGCGCCGUGGAGUUUUACCCCAAAGCGACUCGUGGAGGAGGAAGGGAAGACGGGAGCCAUGGAGCCGGAGACUUUGGGGUCACGUUGAAGGAGCUGAGGGAGCUGAUGGAGCUCAGGGGGGGCGAGGCUCUGCAGAAGAUCCAGGAUAGCUAUGGAGACACAGACGGUCUCUGCCAGAGACUAAAGUCCAGCACCACUGACGGUCUCAGCGGGGAUCCAGCGGACUUGGAACGUCGCUGUCAGACCUUUGGCCAAAACUUCAUCCCCCCAAAGAAGCCCAAGACGUUCCUUGAGCUCGUGUGGGAGGCCCUGCAAGAUGUCACGCUCAUCAUUUUGGAGAUCGCUGCAAUCAUCUCCCUCGCCCUUUCUUUUUACCAGCCGCCUGGAGAGGAUUCAGAGUCAUGUGGCAACGUGUCGGCAGGAGCAGAGGAUGAAGGUGAGGGGGAAGCCAAUUGGAUCGAGGGUGCGGCCAUUCUACUAUCUGUGGCUUGUGUUGUCCUGGUGACGGCCUUCAACGACUGGUCCAAAGAGAAGCAGUUUCGGGGUCUACAGAGUCGAAUCGAGCAGGAACAAAAGUUCACCGUGGUACGGAAAGGAAACGUCAUCCAGAUUCCUGUGGCUGACAUGGUGGUGGGGGACAUGGCCCAGGUCAAAUAUGGGGACCUGCUGCCAGCCGAUGGUAUUUUAGUUCAAGGUAAUGAUCUGAAGAUUGAUGAGAGCUCCCUAACAGGAGAGUCAGACCAUGUACGCAAGUCUGUGGAUAAGGACCCCAUGCUGCUCUCAGGUACACAUGUGAUGGAGGGUUCAGGCCGCAUGCUGGUGACGGCUGUUGGUGUCAACUCGCAAACAGGCAUCAUUUUCACUCUGCUGGGAGCUGGAGACGUGGAGGAAGAUGGCAAAGAAAAAAAAGGAAAACAACCCGACGGCGCAGUGGAGAACAACCAGAACAAAGCCAAGAAGCAGGAUGGAGGUGUCGCCAUGGAGAUGCAACCCCUAAAGAGCGCAGAGGGAGGGGAAGUCGAGGACAGAGAGAAGAAGAAGACCAACGUACCGAAAAAGGAGAAGAGUGUCUUGCAGGGCAAGCUUACCAAACUUGCGGUUCAAAUUGGAAAAGCAGGUUUGGUGAUGUCCGCAAUCACUGUCAUCAUCCUGGUGCUCUACUUUGUCAUCGACACCUUUGUCGUUGAAGGUCAUGCAUGGGUGACAGAAUGCACUCCGGUUUACAUCCAAUACUUUGUCAAGUUUUUCAUCAUUGGAGUCACUGUGUUGGUGGUGGCGGUCCCAGAAGGGUUACCGCUUGCUGUUACAAUCUCUCUGGCUUACUCUGUCAAGAAAAUGAUGAAGGACAACAACCUUGUACGGCACCUGGAUGCAUGUGAGACUAUGGGGAAUGCCACAGCCAUCUGCUCUGACAAGACGGGCACGCUCACCACCAACCGAAUGACUGUGGUUCAGGCUUAUGUAGGUGAUGUGCACCACCGCUUGAUCCCAGACCCUGGACAGAUUAACCCGCGGACAUUGGAUCUGUUAGUCAAUGCUAUCUCAAUCAACAGUGCCUACACCUCCAAGAUCUUACCACCGGAUGUGGAGGGUGGUCUGGCAAAGCAAGUGGGCAACAAGACGGAAUGCGGCCUGCUGGGAUUUGUAUUAGACCUACAACAAGACUAUACUCCCGUCAGAGAGCAGAUCCCAGAGGAGAGACUCUACAAAGUGUAUACCUUUAACUCGGUGCGUAAAUCUAUGAGCACGGUGGUAAAGCUGCCAGAUGGUUCCUUCCGUCUCUACAGCAAGGGAGCCUCUGAGAUCAUGCUGAAAAAGUGUUCUUACAUCCAAGAUCCCAACGGGGAACCUCGAAGUUUCCGCCCACGGGACAGAGAUGAGAUGGUCAAACAGGUGAUCGAGCCAAUGGCAUGCGAGGGCCUGAGAACCAUCUGCAUUGCUUAUCGUGACCUGCCCUCCAAUCCAGAGCCCGAUUGGGAAAAUGAGGCAGAAAUAGUGACAGAGUUGACCUGCAUCACUGUGGUUGGAAUUGAGGAUCCAGUACGACCUGAGGUACCCGAGGCCAUCCGCAAGUGUCAGCGUGCGGGCAUCACUGUGCGGAUGGUGACUGGUGAUAACAUAAACACAGCCAGGGCUAUUGCUGCCAAAUGUGGAAUCAUCCACCCUGGGGAUGACUUUAUCUGUCUCGAGGGCAAAGACUUCAACCGACGAAUCAGGAACGAGAAAGGAGAGAUUGAACAGGAGCGAAUUGAUAAAAUCUGGCCCAAACUGCGUGUGCUGGCUCGGUCUUCACCAACAGACAAACAUACCCUUGUCAAAGGUAUCAUUGACAGUAGUAUUGUAGAACAGAGGCAGGUGGUUGCAGUGACAGGAGAUGGAACCAAUGACGGACCAGCUUUGAAGAAGGCUGAUGUUGGCUUUGCUAUGGGCAUCGCCGGGACAGACGUGGCAAAAGAGGCAUCUGACAUCAUCUUGACUGACGAUAACUUCAGCAGCAUUGUCAAGGCGGUGAUGUGGGGGCGAAACGUCUACGACAGCAUUUCCAAGUUCCUGCAGUUCCAGCUCACAGUGAACGUAGUGGCCGUCAUCGUCGCCUUCACUGGUGCCUGCAUCACUCAGGACUCUCCGCUGAAGGCGGUGCAGAUGCUAUGGGUGAACCUCAUCAUGGACACGUUUGCCUCUUUGGCCCUGGCCACUGAGCCCCCCACAGAGGCCCUGUUGCUACGGAAGCCCUACGGUCGCAACAACCCGCUCAUUUCCCUCACAAUGAUGAAAAACAUCCUGGGUCAUGGAGUGUACCAACUGGUCAUCAUCUUCACCCUGCUUUUCAUAGGCGAGCGCAUGUUCAACAUCGACAGCGGUCGCAAUGCUCCCCUCCACUCACCACCAUCCGAGCACUACACCAUCAUCUUCAACACGUUUGUCCUCAUGCAGCUGUUCAAUGAGAUCAACGCACGGAAGAUCCAUGGGGAGAGAAACGUCUUUGAUGGCAUAUUUUCCAACCCCAUCUUCUGCUCCAUUGUUUUGGGGACCUUCGCAGUACAGAUUGUGAUUGCACACUGGGGAGGGAAGCCAUUCAGCUGUGCUCCACUCAACAUCGAGCAGUGGCUUUGGUGUCUGUUUGUGGGAGUUGGAGAGCUGCUGUGGGGUCAGGUGAUCGCGACUGUCCCGACGGAGCGGUUACCGUGCCUGAAGGAAGCGGGUCUCGGUCUGGAGCCCGGGGAGGAGGAAGGGGAGGAGCUUGCAGAGGAUGAAGAGGAGAUUGACUGUGCUGAGAGAGAGCUUCGUCGUGGACAGAUCCUCUGGUUCCGAGGCCUCAACCGCAUACAGACUCAGAUGGAGGUAGUGAGCACAUUCAAGCGAAGCGGCUCGUUUCAGGGAGCAGUGAGAAGGCGCUCCUCCGUGCUCAGUCAGCUCCACGACGUAAACACUAUAUCUACCCCCUCUCACAUGCGAGUGGUGAAAGCAUUCCGUAGUUCGCUGUACGAGGGCCGGGAGAAACCAGAAUCCCGCAAUUCCAUCCACAACUUCAUGGCCCACCCGGAGUUCCUCAUCAAUGACCUCAUCCACAACAUCCCGCUGAUUGAUGACACCGAUGUGGACGACGACUCAGAACUCAGCAGAUAUCAGCACGUGCACCCGGCCCUUCGCAAGCCGCCGCCCCCUCCCGCUCAGCCCCAGCCCACGGCCCGCACCCGUCCCACUCGUCCAUACCGCCAGUAUAGCCUCCCAGUGACCCAGUGCAACCGAAAUAAUAACAACAGCAGCAGCAGCAGCAGCAGCGGCAGCGGGGCUUCAUCAAUCGUCCACGCCAACAAACACAGCAUCAACACCAUCACCCCAAGCAACCAAACCCCUCGUCAUCAUCACCACCAACACUGCAACAACCAUCAUAGCAGGGACCGGUUGGGGAAGCCCCCAACUCCUUACCUAGCCCACCUCUACUGUGUGGAGACCACCUUAUAACUGAGUGGGUCGGCGAGAAUGGGAACUGAAUCCUGGGGUGGGGCAGAGGAGAGAGCUUGAGGACACACACAUGACAUUUCCAUCCAGUCUCUCCUGUGUGACAGGAGGGGGGAGGACGAUGGCUGCUGACUCCACGUGAACAUUGACGCGAUCAAAGUACAACUCCCUCCCCCUCAUCCACCAGCCGCCCGCCCUGCCUUGACCUCGCUCGCUCUUCAGCCUGGCCUCCAUCUGCCGACGGUGGGCUUGGAGACGGAGGGGCUCCCUGGCCGUGAAGCCCCCCCCCCUCCCCACGCCCCCGAAUCCCUUCAUUCCGACCGGUGUUAAUCGAGUGUGGUUGCCGUGACCCCGCCCACUUGCCCGCCAGGACACCACGACCUCCGUGCUCAACAAUUAUCUGGUUUGUCAUUGAAAACGUCAAAGCAGCUCGUUUUUGCUUGUGAUGUAAUUGUUGAAGCUUUAACUUCCUCAUCCGUUCCGCCCCGAUUCAUUCAUUUCGGAACAUGGUGCUCAUUAGUUUUCCACAUUGCUUCACUUCUUGGCUUUGUCACUGCAGCAUGAUAUUCAUUUUCAUUUUACUUCCGAUCACUCCCCCCCACUCUCUCUUUCAAUAUGUGUGUGUUGUCUUGUCUCUUC